CUUAAUACAUUGAUGUUUAAUAUUUAAUUUGAUUUAAUUUAUAAUUAUAACCUUGUCACGCAUAAAUAUUUCUUCUUCGUUUACCGUUACGUAGUAGACUUUGUAUCUAUAUUGUACUGAGGACAAUGGUUGAAUGAUCAAUCCAUCUCUGAAUAGAAUUGACUUUGCCUUUGGCUUCUUCAACUAUAUAAUUUUGUGUAUAGAUGAAAUGGUAUAUACAGAGAAUGCCAUGUUUGUGGUGGAAUCUUUUGUUAGAUAGGAUUGAUAAGAAAAGCACCACUUGAUGUCACUUAAAAGAGAAUGGUGUUGGGAUUGAGCGAUAGAAUUCCAGAAGAAGAUGAAACGAAAAGUCACGAUGAAAAAAGGGACGAAGAGACAAAAGAAAAUAAACCUCAGCCUCAAUAUACCAGAAAGGAACUUCAAGAUAAGUUGUGGAAGACAGUUGGGGAAGGUCAUUCGGAUUCAUUGACUAAGUUACUGCACGAAGCGAAAGAUUUUCUAAACCUUGAAGAAUUACUAAAUGAAGAGAAUGCAGACUUCGAUGAAGACGGAAAUAAUCUUUUGCUCUAUUGCAUUAAAGAAGGAUGUGACAGUGGACCAUCAAUUGGUCGGCAUUUUCAUAAGUGUGUUGAAAUUUUAAUCGGAAAUAAUGUAAAUAUAAAUCAUAUGAACAAGGCAGGCCACACUCCACUGUUUGAAGCCGUUUUCUACAAGAAUACCCAUUACAUUACAACGUUACUGAACCACAAGGCAGAAACGGAUUGCUUUGACCAGGAUGGUAUAGAUCCUUUUCACUUAGCCAUUCAAUUAGGAUAUAAAGAUUGUUUUAAUUUAUUGGUACAUCAUGAAGAAAAAGAGAUAUUUAACAGAAAAGAUGGGAAAGGAACUCCUCCACUGGUAGCAGCUGUUCAACAUGGACACGUAGAUAUAUGUAAUUUAUUGAUAGAUGGUGGUAGUGACAUCAAUGCUUAUGAUAGUAAACUCCAGAGAAAUGCUCUACAAUAUGCUGUUAUAGCCAAAAGAUUUGAUUUAUUUGAAUUAGUGUUGAAACAUAAGCCAAAAUUAGAGCAUUGUGAUCACAAGGGGAGAACAAUAUUCCAUCGUGUUUGUGUCAUCCAGGAACCAAAGUAUUUAAAGAAAUUAUUUCACAGUGGACUCUCUAUCACAACAUCACUGAUGGAUCAGGAGACUGACGAUGGUCUUACUCCUGUUAUUAUAUCAUGUCAGAAUGGAAAUGCUGAACAACUCAAAGAACUGCUCGAAAAUGGGGCUUCAGUUAGAACUACAGACAAAACUGGAAAGAAUGCAUUGCAUUACUGUGCAGAUAACUUAGAGACGCAAUGUGCUGAGAUGCUCCUUAUGAGGGAGGAAUCUCUCAUACAUGUACAAGAUGAACAGGGAUUCACUCCACUUCAUAUGGCAGUUAUUGGCGGAAAUGUACCAUUAUUGAAGCUGCUCGUUAGAAAAGGAGCAGAUGUUAAUAUUUUAGAUGCUGACGGUCAUACUCCAUCUCACUGGGCAACUGGUAAUCAUCUUGAAGGCGUUAAAGUAUGUACACAUUUAGAAAUAUUAGAUGUUCUCAUAGAACAAGAUGCUGAGUUGUCAAAAUGUGACAAUCAUAAUGCCUACCCUAUCCAUUACGCUGCACAGAUGAAUGGACGAGACAAUGGGCACUCCGAUGCUAAAAUAGGAGAGAAAGUUCUGAAGAAAUUAUUGGACAGUGGUAUACCAUGUGAUGUUUUAGAUAAAGAUAGACGUCAGCCUUUGUUAUGGGCUGCAAGUGCAGGGAACUCUGAAUCCUGUAAAUUAUUAGUCACUGCAGGCGCUGAUGUUAAUUCUACAGAUAAAGAUGGUCUUACAGCUCUUCAUUGUGCUGCCUCUCGAGGACAUUCAGAUUGUGUUGAUAAAUUAAAGAAACUUGGUGCUGAAGUUAAUGUGGCUGAUACUAAUGGGUGUACAGCUUUGUUUUAUGCCAUAACUCUUGGAAAUAAAGAAUGUACAAGACUUUUAUUAAAAUAUGGUGCAGAUCCAAAUCACAAGGACACUCGAGGGAGGACGCCUACACAUUGUGCUGCAAUAAAGGGUUGCCUGGAAACAGUUAAAAUGUUAGAUAAAAGUAAAGCUGACCUCUGGCAUCCUAGUUUCCGUGGUGAUUGUCCUAUCCAUGAAGCUGCACAGGGAGGACAUUGUGAUGUGGUGAAGUAUUUAUUAAAAUGGAAGAACUCACCAGAAGCUGUUAAUAUAGCUAACGAUGCUGGUCGUACCUGUCUACAUAUUGCUGCCAUAGUCAAUAACCUGCAACUAUGUAAACUACUGCUGGACAGUGAUGCUGAUAAAAAUGCUCUUAUGAAAAAUAAGACAAACAAGGAUGGGGAGACAGAGGACAAGUCCUACACACCAUAUGAUGCUGCAAUAAUUAAAGGCAAUAAUGAAAUCGCUGAAUAUAUAAAAUCUAAAGGAGGGGUUUCUGGUGGGGAUAUAGACAAUAUACUCAUAGCUAAAGGCAAAAAAAGGGACACAAAAUCUGGUAACUCAAGAAAAAGUCAACCUACUUUAGAAACCACACCCGAGGAGACAGAGCCAGACGACAAUAAAAAAACUGAGGAAGAAGCUGAAAAGGAAAAAGACGAAGAAAAGAAGGAACAAAAAUCUGAGGUAGACAAGAAAAAAGACAAAGGAAAAAAGAAAGAAAAGGCUGAAAAGGAAAGAGAAAAAGAAAAAUUAGUGAUUGUUCCAGUAGGCAAACAGAAAAAAAAAGAGAAAGACGAAAAGGGGAAAGAAGAUCAGAAAGAAAGUGAAAAGGAGAAAGCUGAUACGGAUCAAGAAGGAAAAGGAGAGAAAAAGGAUUUGACUGAUGAGGAAUUACGAGAACUUCAGGAAAAGAUAAAAGCUGGAGAGGGUGACGGUGAUGAAAGAGAUAUAAAAAGAAAGCCAAUAAAGGAAAUAGAAGGAAAGAAAAUAGAAGGGGAACAACAGAAAAAGGAUAACGAGACAAAAGAUAAAGACAAGAAAAGAGAUUUGACAGAGGAAGAAUUAGAGGAAGCAAAGAGAAAAAUCCAGGCUGGUCAAGGUGAUCAGGACGAGAGAGAAAGAAAACAAAAAGAGGCUGAACAAAAAGAAGCAGAAAAAGAAAAAUCACCCAAGAAAGAAGGAGAACAGGAAACAAAAGGAAAGAAAAAAGACUUAUCAGAUGAAGAAUUGAAAGCUUUACAAGAGAAAAUAAAAGCUGAACAAGGUGAAAACGACAAAAGAGGUAAAAACCAAAAACCAAAGAAGGAAGAUAGGGAAAAAAGUGGAAAACAAAAGCCAGAUUUAACUGAUGCUGAAGUUGCUGCUGUUACUGCAGCCGUUAUUGUAGCAACAGAAGAAGACAAGAAAAAAUCUGACAGAGAUAAAGAGAAAGAAAAAUUAAAAACUAAGGGAAAAGAUAAGGACAAACAAAAGGGAAAAGAUCAAGGUAAAGGGAAGGACAAUGUAAAAUCUGCAGAUCAGGAUAAGGAAAAGGACAAACUAAAAUCUGCAGAUCAGGGGAAAGAGAGAAAAAAGGAAACAGAUAGAGAAGAGCUUGAUAUUCCACCACCUUCUACCUCUCCAGAUCUACGUGAACCUAAACAAAAAGAAAAAGCAGCUGUAGAUAAAGGUCAGAAGGAUAAAAAGAAACAACUCGAAGAAAGUAAAAAGAAACAAAUUGAGGAAAAUAAAAAGAAACAAAUUGAAGAAAAUAAAAAGAAACAAAUUGAGGAAAGUAAAAAGAAACAAGAAAGAGACGAAAAAGAAAAAAAGAGACUCCGUGAUGAAAUAGAAAGUGAGGAAAGAAAAAGGAAACAAGAACAAGAUCAGAGGGAUAAAAAGAGACAAAUUGAGGAAAGUGAAAAUAAUUUAAGUGAAGAAUCAGAUAGUGAGGAUAGUAAAAAGAAACAAGCUGAUGAACUAGACAGUGAGGAAUAUAAAAAGAAGCAAGAAAAAGACAAAAGAGUUCAUAUUGUACCUAAAAGUGCAUUUGUAGACUCAGCCACAGCAAGCGAAUCUGAAAGGUCUAGACGUGAUUCUCCUGUCAAAUACAGACAAAGGUCAAGGUCAAGAUCUACAGAUAACGAAGAGUUUGAAUUUCCAGAAGGUGCACACGAAACAACAGAAGCUGCCAUUGCUGCAGCUGAAGCUCGUAGGAAAGCUCGCGAACGUUCAAGGUCUAGAAGUACUGAUCGGGAAUCUGAUGAAAAACCUGCUGAUUUAAGAAGAUAUUCAAAAGUAGGCACAGACGGUAGAAUUCAGCCUGGUCUAUUAGCAGAUAAAGAUAAAAGGAAUAGACGAUCUGAAGAGAGGGAUAUACCGUCACCUUUAGAUUCAGAAGACGAAUUUAUUGAUGAUCCAUAUUUUGGACGGAGAGUAAAACCUUAUCCAGGAUCGGUACGAAUAGGGUCAAAGAGACCUGAUAAUAGGGAACAAGUGUUGAGAGAAAAAGAAUUAAGUAGAAAAAGGCAGCAAGAAAUGUCUCGUUCUUCUCAGAGAAUGCCAUCUAAAGGUGGAGUAGCCAGAAUGUUGCCAUUAGGAUAUUCUAGGUUAGAAACUCCACAAAGACCUAUAACUCGCAAAUCAAACUCUAUACAAGAAAGUGUGAGGCGUUAUCAAACAGAGAGAACAUUUGUACGACAGUUACAUCAGUUAAAACGUGCACAAAUAUAUACCGGACCAAUGCAUGAUAUUGUUUUGUUCAGUAAGAUGAUGAAUGUUUACAAUAACACAUCAAACUAUGACAACGAAUUAGAUCUGGAUUCACAGGUGCUGGAUGAUUGGGAUGGAUAUUUACAAGAUGACCGAAGUACAACCAUGACCUGUAGGUCAUUUAAAUCGUCUGUUACAGCAUAUUCUAAUUAUAAUUAUUCACAAAGAGAUCAAUUAAGAUUUGUUUCCCAUUACUAUGAAGAUGACAGAACUGGUCUCAGAGAUACUGCUAAGGAAUAUCACCAAAAGUUAGAAAAAUCAGCAACAAAUGCUAAGAAAACUGUAGAAAGUAGAAUUGAUCAUAUAAUUAAACAGAAUGAGAAACAAGAGGUAGUUGAAAGGGAGGAACAAGAAAAGUUAGACAAGAAGAUUUCUCAUCUUGCAGAGAAAACUGAGUCAGCAUUAGAUAGUGUUCGCCAGCAAGCCAAUGACAGUGUAACUAGUGCUAGAAAUCUGAAUAGUAGUCUGGAGGAAGAAUUCAGGCGUGAACGGCAGGAUAGGCUGAAAAAUUAUAGAUAUGGCAAUAAUAGGGAAAAGUCAUGGCUUUUAGAACAAGAAGCAAUGGAUAGCAGACAAUCAAGAAUGGAUGAAAAUGACAAGGAGAGAAAAGCAAAACAUAAAGAAUGGAUGAGAAAGAAAGAUGAAGAAUCAAGGAAGAAAUUAAUGAGGGUUUAUGGACCAACACCUGUAUUUGAUACAUCUAUAUCCAAGAGAGGUGCACCAUUUAAAACAUCAACACCCAAACUAAUGAAUAACUCCACUAGAGCAUCUCCACGACCUAAGUCAAUGGCAUCAUCCAUGUCUACAUCAAGGUCACGACCUCAGGACCAAGAAUUAGAGGUCCAUAUGACAGAGUUUGGAAUGAGAAGGGUAAAAACAGAUGACUACUCUUUUGCUAAAAUGAGCACACCAAAAUCACGUUCCUAUAUGAGACCUGCGGGUGUAUUACCAGGAAAAAAAUAUAGGCUAAUAAAGAAAUAUGUGAAACUCCAAUUGGACUCCGAAGUAUGACGGUAUAAACCUACGACCGCGAGCUGGAUUAGUGUUUGUUGAACCGACAGUCUAUGAUGAAGUGCUAAAAGAAGAAAGAUUGCUCCGAGGGGGUCAAACAAGAAACUCUACAAGAAAUUUAACUUUAGAAACAGAUAAAAUGUUAGAAACUGUAGAAACGUGACAAAGGCAGACAUAGUUUUCUAUUUAAAUAAUUUCAUUCAUUCCAUUUCAUAUAAGUCUUUCAAUUUUGAUUCUUAUUUAUGAUUCUCACCGAUUUUUAUCAUGAAAAGGUGUUGUGUAAUAAUUGUCUUGGAAUAAAUUUUAUUGAUAGACUUUAAAAAGUCUGUUUAGAAGUGAAACAUAAUAUUGCAAGGAAAUACUCAACAAAUGUUUCAUAACUGUUAAUGUGUAUUCCAGUCACAAGAAAUUUUAGUGGAUUAUCUCCCUUUUACUUUGUUCUUGGUUUGUUAAAAUGUCUAAAUUAUACCUCUUAAGGAUUUUCAGAUUUCUUUACAUAAAAGUCUUUCAUUGAAUUUAAAUAUUAUAAUUUUUCAAUGUUUUCUUUGAUUGGCAAACCUUAACACUUAAAAUUAGUAUGUGUCACCUGUUAAAAGAGUUGUAGUGUUUCUUGUUUAAUUUUGUUUGUCGCCAUUUAUGUAUACAUCCAUCCAUAGUUUGUUUUGAACAUCUAUAUAAUCAGUUACUAAAUUCAAAUUUAGGACAAUCUAAUGAUAUUUUUGUCCCCCCAUUUAAUUUUGAAUCAAAUGUUUUUUGAAGGUUACUCUUGAUAAAUUAUGGAAUGUGCCAUUUAUUACAAAGUUGAGAAAGCUUCUAAUUACUACUAUGUGUUUCACCCAAACAAUGAACUGCAUUUCUAUUUAUCUUUGAUAGAAACUUUUAUACACAAUGAAAUUGUACAUCUAUUAUAUUUUUUAUGUUUCUAGUUUUUGCAUAGCACACAUUUUAACUUUAUAAUCUACACAAAAGGGAAAUAGGGGCUAUAUUAUCACUGUUCACGGUUUUUCUAUGUGAUAUUGCUAUUUACUUAUAUUCAACACUGAUUGAAGUAAUUGUCACCAUUUGUGUCCAUAUAUAUUUGUUAGAAUAAUUGCGACUUUCUUCAAUUGUGUCAGUCUGACAUUUAUUGCGAUGCCUUGAUUUCCCGUGUGGAACAACAAAAAUAAAACCUAUUAAGGAUUUUGGCUUCAGAAAAUUAAAAAAUAUCAUUUGAUUAGAUUUAGUAUUUCUUAAAAGAGAAUACAUAAUACAUCGAAAUUAUCUAAAAACUAGGAAAGAUCUAUGUGCCUUUUGUAGUUGAUAGAAUUAUAAUAACUACAAUUUGCCAAGAUAUGUUUACUUUCUAUAUACCUCAAGUUUCUUGCCAAAUGAAAAAGGGGAGAUAAUCUGGUACUCCUAAUUUUUGUGUUAAUUUGUAAUCAAUAUGUGUUUGCUAAUAUGACUCUGAUAUAGAGAAUUAAUCAUUUUCUAAUCAAAGUUUUUAAAUUAUAUUGUGUAAUUAGAAUGAAUUCUUUCAUCUAAACUGAUUUGAAAAACUUUAUUUAUCUUAAGAUACACAAAUUACUUAAUGGUAAUUUAAAGCAUAGCUGUGAUAUAAACAUUUAUUUUGUAAUUUGUUUGUUUUGUUUUUUAUUCAUGUGAUAUAAAACCAUUCCGUCCAAUUCUAUGUGAUAUAGUUUUCAACAAGAAAUGUUUAUCUUGUGAAAUGUUUAGUUGUAUGCCUGCAUAGCAGUACAUGUAUGUUGUUUCUUUUUGUUAAUCAUUUUCUCGAAAUCAGUAAAAAAGUCACAAAACAGUAUUUUAAUUUGAUAUAAGAUGAUCUCUUUUGUAUGAUAUAGAUAAUGCAUUUUCAAUUAAUGAAAAUGUUAAUCUAUAUCACAUUAUUAUCUAUUCAACUAAACAUUCAUAAUACCUGUGUUUUGUUGCUCAUAAAAAAAUAUAUGAAACCAAUGAUAAAGUAAAGUUUGAAGAGUUUUGCUAUUCAGAUUUUAUUCAAACUUUUGAAAAAUGUGAUUUAUCUUGAUAUUUAUUGAGAAAAAAAUUAACAGUUUUGAGUAUGAGCUUAUAAGGAAAUACAUGACAACAAUUAGAUAUGUUUUUUUUCAUAUUUUUAACUUGUGAUGUGGCCUUGAUUUAUACUGUUUGAACUUUGAGCAGAUUGUUUUCCUAGUUGUUAUAGUUAAUAAUGGAGUUGUUAUAUAUUUCAGUUAAAAUGACUGAAUUGUAUCUAUUGCUUUAUAUGUUUAAUUUAUCAUGUGACUACACUGUUAUAUAUUGGUUAUUGUUAAAGGAUUGACACAUUGCACAACAUAUAGUUACAAAGUAGUAUUAUAUAGUAUAAUGCCAAAUCAACAAGACAAUAAAAAUAACAUAUU